CUCGAGGGUUCAUAAAGAAUGAUGAACUUUUCAAAUCUGUCGAGCAACAUUGCCAACACGGUGCAGGGAACUGGUCAGCAGCCUGGUCAGUCGACAAAUGGGCAGGCUCUUUCCCAGACUAUGCGCCUGCGCGACGACCCGCCAGCUAUAACACCGCCAUCCCGUAACCCACGGAAACGAAAGUCACCUUCUUCCACGACCCCAGACUCUUCCCAGCCCCAGCCCGUCACUCAGCCCCAGCCCCAGCCCCAGCCCCAGCAGCUCCAACACGUUCUCCCGCCUCCCCAUACCAUCAUGCAUCAGCUUCCGCCAGGCGCUAUGCCUCCGUACCAGUAUGCCGACUACUCGCCCGGUGGAAUGCCGCCGCCUCCCCCGAAUUCCCAACCUGACCCAUCCGGCCCUACGUCGUCAGGCCAGCGUCCCCUCAGCUCCAGCAAACGUGCAGAACAGAACAGAAAGGCUCAGCGCGCAUUUAGGGAACGGCGAGACCAGUAUGUGGAAUUAAUGCAUUUGUUGAACCACCUGCUUACCUGGAUCCAGGCAUGUCAAGGCCCUUGAGUCUCGCUCACAGCUUCUCGAUGCUGCCUUGGCCUCAGCAGACGAGGCGAAUCGCCGUUGGGAAGAAUGCCGCGCAUUGGUUGACCAACUGAGGGUCGAAAAUGCCGCCCUUCGUGCGGCCC